AUGUCAGUGAGCUCACCUCAAGCCUCGACAGAGUUCGUGUUCCUUCUUCGAAACCACUAUUCUCGAGCUCCCGAGCCUCUAUGGAAGCUGCUCGAUAUUGUAGUACACAUGUUUAAGCGUAGCGAUGAGAACGCGACCACCUUACUCCAUGCCAUAACGGAACAUUGUCUAUGUGUAGAUCAGAUCUUGAGUUGGUGGUACCAGACGAAGUUGUUGGAGACUGGUCAUUGGUACAAGGGGAAUGGAAACCAAUCUCAAGAACAACAGAAAGUGCCCAGACACAAUGCGAGUUCCUUGUGUGAAGAGAUUGUACGACUAUGGGGGUUGUGUGCAUUGAAUCCAAAAUUGACGAAGCACGAAAAGGAACAGUUGUAUGCUUUGUUGACGUUGUACCAUGAAAGAGCGGUCAAAAAGAUUUGGGAAAUGUUGGAGACUUCGGUUUUGGAUUGUGUAAGUUGAUGAAAACGCUAAAUUUUUGUAGUUAGAUUAAAAAUAAUCGUGUUUUCUAACAAUUGUAAAACUGAAAAGUUGUUUUUAUUGUGUAGAAUCUAAAAUUAUUUGAAAAAGUAUAAAAUUUCAAGAAAAUUAGUUCAAAAAACGAAAAAAAUAUUAAUUUUUAAUCUAUUUUUGCCUAUUUACUUUCUUAUUCAUUCUUCUUACCAAAAUUCCAAUUUUUCAGUAUCUUCAAGACGCCAAAGGGAACCGCCUCUCAACUGAAAAUGCUCCAUUUUCCGUCGAACACUUCCCCGGCUUCUUCCCAGCUCUCCAGCUUUGCUUCCUCGAUUGGAAAAGCGUCUCAAUCAAAGGUCUUCAGAACACCGUGGACAUCUCGGAGUUCAUGGGCAUCAUCGCAGAAUCUGCUGAAAAGUCUGAAACCCGAUGCUUCAACAUUCCCAUUCUAAAACACAGUCCAGACGCUUUAUUUUUGGAGUUCAUUGACACCGAACAACGGAUAACAUCGACGUUGAACUACCACGAGCUGGCCUGUGGGAAAAGUCGAUCGAAAAGGUAUUCAAGAAGGAAGAGGAAACGACGUCAAGCUACACGGAAUGCUCAGAUGGCACAGCACAAUAUUGGAAGGUCGCUAGCGAAUCAAUUGAGAAGGCCACAGCGGGCGGACAGUGACGAAAGUGCUACGGAGGAUGUUGAUCAACCUUCGACUUCAAGCCAAGCCACAAAGUAAGUCGGAAAGAGUUGAUAUCAAUUAUUUUUUGCUAAUUUUGGGUGUUUCUUUGAUUGAUUUAAAAUGUCAAAGUUCGACUUGUUAUUUUUUUUAAUUUUGCAUGAUUUUAGACAAGAACCUUACCAAGAACAAAUCAACCACCUUUUCGCUCUGGCCCAUGAGGAAAUGGACAAAACGCUUCAGAGAUUCUGUUGUUGUAAAGCCUUGUACUGCUAUGGAUUUGAAGAAGAAGCCCAAGCUGUAGCCGAACUUUUAGCCAGCGAGUAUUACAACUCCAUUCCCUAUGUGAUACAACUGGAACAAGUCGAGAGCUCCUACUCCAACACUCGGCAUGAUCUUUCCCAACGAUUAUGCAAACAUUCGAGGAAGCAGGUCAACUGUAAACACUGUAAAUUUAUCCCAGCAAAUCGUGCUACGAAACGCACCGUGCAUCCGCCACCUCCGCCUUUGAAGAGGUUGGAAGCGGUCAAGUCGAGUAUUGAGAGUCUGAAGAACGUGCUGUUUGUGUUGAAAUGCCUAUUACAAGAUCAGCCGUUGUCACCGUUGGGUUCGGUGGUAAUUUCUGAAGGAGACGACAGGAAGUUCAGCUUCGAACAGGACAGUGUGGCCAUGAAGUUGGCUUUGAGAGUGUUAUAUGAACCUAGAGGACCUGCGCCGACAAGGCAGAUGGAGGUUAAUGUGGCAUUUUUGGUAAGAAAAUUUUUUUUAUUUGAAAAAUCUUGGUUUUUUACAAAAAAAACGUUAGAAAACACAAAUUUUUGAGAGUUUUCUUGAUUGUUUUGAUGUUAGUUUUGCUUUUUAGCUUUAAAACUGUUUUUUCCAGGAGCUCCAACUCUUCAAGCUCUUAAUGUCAACUCGUCUCACCGUACCACACCUCGAGUUAAUCCGUGAAGCUGCUGAAACUUUUCUAAAAAGUGAUGCAAAGUACUCCUACACCUCCCAGAAUGCCAUACCUCCGCUUCUUUUUGCCCAUUACGUGUUGAACGCAUUGUCCUACGAGUAUCACAAUAACUACGAACGGAAUACGAAAGUGUUACCUCCUUGUAACAAUCUAACGAAUCAAAUGCGACGACCUUCAGAUGAAAAUAUGGCAAUUUCAGUAGCAUUGACGGUGUUGCAGAUUCGGCCACAGUUCAAGGAGAAGGAUCAUCCGAUGCUGAUGGAGUACGUGAGGAAACAGAAGGGCGAACUGACGCGAGAGCUGCUACGGAGGAAUUCGGAUUCGAAGGAACGGCUGAAUCUGAUUUUGGAUAAGUUUCUGGAUGCUGAAGUGCAUUGCAUCUAUAGGUAGGGAGAUUUCUAAUUCGAAGUCAUUUUGCGAUUUUUCGACUAAAAGAUAAAAUUUUAAAUUAUUUUUGACUUUUGUACAGUAAACUUAAAAACUUUUUAAAAUUAAAUUUUUUUAGUAAUUGCCAAACCAAUGCGAUUCUGGUCCGAAACUGUGGAAUCAAUCACAACUCAGCGUUCUGUUUGUGCUGGAAGCGCGAAGAGUCUGCUUUGCUAUACUUUUCCAACGAAACCUCAUUGUCAAGCUCGGAGAAUGCUUCACGUCGAGAUUCAACCAUGUCUAUUCAAGAGAUUCUGGAGCAAUCCACGUCACGACUCAGUAAACUAACUACAGAAGACGACGUUCUGGUACGAAGUGUUUCUGGAGAACAGUCGUCAACGGAAUUCAAAGAAUCUAAGAAGACUGAAAGCCCUGAAGGCAGUAUCCCAUCGUUGAAUCAGUUCAGCGACUCAAGCAGCUCCGGAAUCUCGAAUAACUCCGUAGCCGAAGCCGAAAUCAUGCCAUUGCCUCAGCUACGGCGUCUAAAGGAUGAAGUUCAGCCUCUGAAUGCGUGUGUCAAACCAUUGUGCUAUGGGUUCAUAUCAGAAGACCAUGCUCAUUUCUUGAUGGAAUUCGCCAAAAGGCUUCUAGGAGAUGCUGGAGCCCACCCUCCAUCAUUCUUCCACCCAGCUCCGAACGCGGCUCCAAAUCGGAAUCUGCACAUGUGUGCCUUCAUUAUUGGAUUAUACUCUAUCGGAGUCAACAAUCAAGUGUCGGAUAUGUGGCGUUCCAGAAACUACAGUACUAUGGUCAGUUGGCUACAAGCCCAGGCACUCGAACUUGGUUCUGACGCCAUUCAGAUUCUGAACGAUGUUUGGGAAACGCAUAUGACGCCUUCUGAAAUCGCGGAUCUAGCGGGAAAGGUGAAGCAGAACGAUCAGCUUCAAAACGCCGCCAUUCAGUUGUACCUGAAUGUUCUGAAACGGGCGUGGUCGUUGACGUUGGGAGAAUGCCAAAAGGCCUUGAACCAAUGUGCUGAGUUUGGAAUGGACAAACUGGAAAAAGCGUGUUUGGCGGUGGAAGAGUCGGCCAAGCACGAAAGCCUGAACCCACAUGUGUUAUUCCAGGUCUCUGAGUGUUGGUACAAGAUGUACAACUCUAACAGUAAGCCUGAUAGCGUACCAUCGUCUUCUACAGCUUCGUACAGACAAAAUGAUCCUUGGCAACAUCUGAGUGCCAACAAUUGGAGUGGAUUCAACCAACAACAACUUCACCAACAAUCUCAACAACAACCUCAGCAACUCCAACAACAAAUCCAGCAACCACCUCAACAGCCAUUGGUACCAGCUUAUCCACCACCUCCCCUACACCCUCAGUAUCUAGCUGGUCCACCUCCAAACGGCUUCCAAGGAAAGCUACACAUCAGUCAUUCAGCUCCAAACCUACAGCCAGCUAUUGGUCCCAUCAGAUGUAAUGCGCCUCCGGGAAUGCAUACCAAUAGGAAUCAGAUGGCUCGACCUCACGUUAUACCGCUGAGAAAUGUCCACAUCCCUACGAUACCACGUAAUCAGUACAGUAAAAUGGGCGUGGUGAAUCCUACUCCACCGUACAUGUAUCCAUAUCAAGAUCAAUCGAAAUGGAAACUUCUGAAGGCAUUUGAGAUUGGGAUAUGGGCAUUGGAGCUGGUGGGACCACCAAACUUUGAGGAUGCCAACUAUGGCAAGUUCUCCAAGGUAAAAAUUUUUAUUUUAAAUUCGUAAUUAUGUUAUGGUUAGAAAGCCAAAACCAAAAACUUAAUCUUUUCAGGAGUUCGAGCAAGAGAUAAAAACCCUUCUGGCGAUUUCCAAAGACCUCGGCGCCAUUUACGUGCAUCAGUUCUGUGAGAAAGCAUCUUGUCGUAUCGCCUCACCCAACUUGAUCAUGGAGAUCAUGGAAGAGCUGGAAGGUUUUUUCCGCGACUGUGGUGGCUUCACUCCGAUGCCACAAAUCAAUGACACAGCUGGUCGACCACCGUACAAUACUCGUGUGAGCAAGGGAGACUAUGUCAGACAGACCCUACAUCAACUACGAUACCCGGCUUGUAUUCAGGAACUGGCUUUGGCGUGUAGCGAGUUGUUGUACAAGUGGAUCUCAGUCAAACUGGCAUCGCGUUUGAUGGAAGCGGACAAAGAAGAAGUGACAGUGCUGGUUAAUAUAGCUAUGAAAUUGUCGAAUCUGCUUCGACAUCAGGGCAACAACUUUAUGAGCGACUUCUUUGGCCAUAUACGGAAACAAAAGUCCGGCAAACAGGCCAUGGAGCAUAUAAAGCAGAGCUCGGAAGCUCUAUCUUAA